AAGCGGUGGGAGCGUGAGGGAGGCGUGUGGAGGCCUCUGCGAGCUUGCCGAGUCGGCGCCAUGAGCAAGGCUCACCCUUCCGAGCUGAAAAACUUUAUGGACAAGAAAUUAUCAUUGAAAUUAAAUGGUGGCAGACAUGUCCAAGGAAUAUUGCGAGGGUUCGAUCCGUUCAUGAAUCUUGUGAUAGAAGAAUGUGUGGAGAUGGCAACUAGCGGGCAACAGAACAAUAUUGGAAUGGUGGUAAUACGAGGAAAUAGCAUCAUGUUAGAAGCCUUGGAACGAGUAUGAACAAUGGACAUGUUCAUCAGAAGAA